CGUGCACAGCUUCUCUACCUACAAAUAUGGAAAGACCAGUGCUUUCAGCGAAUCGCACAACAAGCUCCAUUCUGUCCAAAACAAAAGCACUAGAAAACAUGAAGCCAUUAGUAAGAAUGAGUUUAUGGUCGGUGAUUACUUGGGUUUUUUUUGCAGCAAUUUUAUUUAUGGUGGAUACAACACAGUGCAAAAACUGUGGAUUUAAGGCAAUCUUUAACUUUGGAGAUUCGAAUACUGAUACAGGUGGUUAUUGGGCAGCUUUCCCAGCUCAGGGUCCUCCCCAUGGAAUGACCUACUUCAAGAAACCUGUUGGCCGAGCAACUGAUGGCAGAGUCAUCCUUGAUUUUCUAGCUCAAGCCUUCGGUUUGCCAUUUUUGAGUCCAUAUCUUCAAUCAAUAGGAUCUGAUUACAGGCAUGGUGCAAAUUUUGCAACAGCGGCAUCCACAGUGCGCUUGCCACAAACUUCUUUAUUUGUUACUGGAGUUAGUCCUUUUUCUCUUGAGAUUCAGCUUCGACAAAUGAAAGAAUUUAAGGUUAAAGUCGAUGAACUUCAGCAUAAAGGGCAAACUAAUCUGCCUUCCCCGGACGUAUUUGGAAAGUCGCUCUAUACAUUCUACAUUGGUCAAAAUGACUUCACUGGAAAUCUGGCAAGAAUAGGAAUAAUUGGAGUGAAAGAGUUUCUACCUCAACUGAUUUCUCAAAUUGUUAGCACCAUCAAGGAGAUAUAUGCAUUGGGUGGGAGAACAUUUUGGGUGCUAAAUUUAGCACCGAUUGGAUGUUACCCUGCAUUUCUGGUGGAGCUGCCUCAUAACACUUCUGAUAUUGACCAGUUUGGUUGUUUAGUAUCAUACAAUAAUGCAGUGGUGGAUUAUAACAAUAUGCUCAAAGCAGCAUUGGCAAAAACAAGAGAAGAAAUUUCUGAUGCAAAUGUAGUAUACGUGGACUCUCACGCUGUGCUCUUGGACCUCUUCCAACACCCUACUUCUCAUGGGCUAAAAUAUGGAACUAAAGCAUGUUGUGGAUAUGGAGGUGGUGACUACAAUUUUAACCAGCAUUUAUUCUGUGGACAAACUAAACAAGUUAAUGGAACUAAAGUGACAGCCAAUGCCUGUGAAGAUCCACAAAAUUAUGUAAGCUGGGAUGGAAUACAUACUACAGAUGCAGCAAACGAACUCACUGUACAUGCCAUUCUAAAUGGUUCUUAUUUUGAUCCUCCUUUUCCACUUCACCACAUUUGUGAUAUCUAGCCUAUAGGUUGACUCUAUUGUUUCUUGUGUGUAGCAAUGAUAAACCAUGACUCAUGAGUCAUUACCAGCCAAAGAAAUGAAAAUUUCUUGAUGCUUUGAUUUUUAGCAUCAAGUUCAUAUAA